AUGUCCUUUAGAUCAUUAAGCAGCGUUGAAAAAAAGGUUUUAUCACAAUCCUUGGAAGGUCAUCGAAAUGGCAUUGUCUUCGGUGCAAUGUAUUCUACGACACCAGAAGAGUGGUCCGAUGAUGCUACGCUUCUAACUUACAAGGAUUCACGUCUAAAUGUGUCACUUCUUUCAAGAGCGCUUGCGAAGCUGAUCUCGGAGCACGUCGAACUUUAUACCACAAUAACAGAAGGCCUAGAAUUUGCACCAGUCAAGGAAAUCAAAGCCGACGACGUCAUUAACACGAUAACCUUCGACAGUUACAAGGAUGAGCUUGUUAAUUGCCGCUUCGGAGCUCCGCCAUAUCUGCUGCGCCAUAUUUUCAAUCAAACGAUUUUUCAACCGGGUUCUGGUAAUGUUUUAUGGGAGCUCUUUGUAGUUGACGAAACUUUGGUUAUCUUUCAUGGGCAUGAUGUCUUGUUUGAUGUAUUCUCUGCGGCCAACUUUCACAAGCUCUUUUUGGAUACUCUGAAUAGCAUCCCGAAGAAAGGAAAAGAAUUGUCAACUAUCUUCAAGCUUGAUCGUGCAGUUCUUCCACAUUUUCCCAAGUCCAUUUAUGACAGUGCGAAGCUCCGCCUACCUGCUAAGGCAGCCGAUUUGUUCAAUCUUCAGACCCAGUCUUUCUUCAAAGCGUUAUACGUGAAUGCUCUUAAGAAACCUUUCAACUAUCUGAAUUCAAAUCCUCCACAGCAACUGAAGGAAUUUCGCGCACGCUAUGCUGAUAUACUGAGAACUGAUAAUAAUUUAUGUGGCACCACAAUUUUUGGUAACAUUCCUCCUGAGAGGUUGGAACGUUUAAAUUGUUUGUUCAAGCAGCAGGACAUUUGCUUAAGAAGUUUCGUUUGUGCAAUUACAAUGCUCUGUUUGAAGCCUAUUGUUAGGAACUUCACGGGCACUAUCACGUUUUGCGUUCCUGCUGAUCUGAGGUCAUCGUUAGAGGAUUCUUCGGAAUUUGGCAUGUUUUAUAAGGACAUUAGAGUGGAAUGCCCGUUGUCGUUGAUAGAUGAUCAAAACUUUUCCGGCCUCACAGUCUACAAUGGAUAUGACUCGAGUAGCAUCAAACUGUCAGAGAAAGACCCUAAAUACAGGGAGCAACUCCUAGAGUAUCAGUUCAAAAAAGUCACUGAUCAUGUCGUUACAAUAUUGAGACAGAGAAUGAAGGCGUGGGAAAAGUUUGGCUUCAAUGACGAUGACAUUAAGAGGAUGAGGUUCAGCUACGAAGAAAAGAAUAACAAUACCAAGCUUAUCCAGAUAAACGAUCUCUCAAACAUCAAAAUAGGGACUGAUAAUGUUCCUGAUGGUAAGUUCGGUGUGAGAGAGCUCAAUGUGACUCAAAGCCUAAGGCCUGGUCAGCUCAUGUCUCUGUCUUAUACUCACAGCGAAAAGGGCCUCAACAUUUGUAUCCAUUAUCCUGACAGUUAUAAUAUGGAGGCUUUCAUGGAAUGUUUUCAAUCAUUCAUCGAGGAUGUUUAG